UUUCAAUUUAGCAUAAACAGAACUAAAGAAGAUGUUAUUCAAGUGUUUUACACAUAAACACUAUAUAACAAGUUUGGCCCCGCCCUGGGAUCAUAAAAUUUACAAUUUUGGUAGAGGCCUUCCUGCUCUCCAUCACCAUACAUUUAGUUUUUCUUACACGUGUGUGGUUCUUGAGAAGAAGAUUUUUGAAAUUUGGUCAAUUUUGGGCAGUUUUUGCCCCACCCCCAAGGCCCCAGGGGUGCAGGAAUCCUGAAAUUUACAAUUUAUGUUCCCCUAGUUCCAAAGAUGCUUCAUACCAAAUAUGAAAAGAAUUGGAAUGAUAGUUAUCAAGAAGAAGUUAAAAAUGUCUAUUGUUCACACAUUUAAUAACUGACCAUUUUGGCCCCACCCUGAUACCAAAACCCCUACCCCUGGGAUCAUCAAAUUUAAAAUUUUGGUAAAGGACUACCUGCUCUUUCUAAAUACUUAUUUAGUUUCAAUAUACACAUGUAGUAUCAACAGCACUAAAGAAGAUGUUAUCUAAGUGUUUUACACAUAAACACUAUAUAUACCAAGUUUGGCCCUGCCCUGGGGUCAGAACUCCUACUCCGGGGAUCAUGAAAUUUACACUUUUGGUAGAGGCCUUCCUGCUUUCAAUCACCAUGCACAUUUAGUUUUUCUUACACAUGUGCAAUUCUUGAGAAGAAGAUUUUUGAAAUUUGGUCAAUUUUGGGCAGUUUUUGCCCCGCCCCUAAGGCCCCAGGGUUGCUGGAGACCUGAAAUUUACAAUUUAUGUCCCCCUUGUCCCAAAGAUGCUUCAUACCAAAUUUGAAAAGAAUUGGACCGGUAGUUAUCAAGAUGAAGUUAAAAAUGCUCAAUUGUUAACGCACGGAGACGGACGACAGCAGAUUGCAAUAGGUACUCAGGUGACCUAAAAAAGUUGUGUUUUUGAAAAAUUGAAAUAGGAUUUGCAUGGAAUAAAGAUAAAGGCUUGAACAUAUUGCAAGCUCUUUUUACUGGUAUUACCAAGCCUUUCUAAUAAAUUUGUCACUUGUGGCAAUGUGCUAUAAAUUCUAAAAAUUUACAGUGUAGUACAAGUUGUCCUAUCGGCUAAAACACAAUCAGGGUGGAAAUUACUACAGUGUACUAUUAAACCUAAUAUGGAAGCAGAUUUCUUUUUUGUAUUAAUAGAUACAGUUUCAAGAAUAACAUCACUGUAAAGUAGACACUUUCAGCUUUCUAAAACAGUAUAACUUUAUAAGUACUUUGUGUUAUUUUGUAACCAAGAAAAGAUGGUUAAAAUGAAAAUUAUACAUGAUUCUGUGAGUGUGAUUUGUGUCAAAUUUGAUUGCAUGUAUUUGUACAGACUAUUUGCUUGGUGAAAUCCCAGAAAAAGUAUCUAAAUUUUUAUCUUAGUAGUAAAAGCAUUUUAUACAAUUUAUUUCAAAAUUUACAGUUUCCAGCGGGUUUUUUCUCUACCCACUGGUACUUGUACCCAUUCAAUUGGGAAAAAUAGCAUCAAAAUCAAACAAAUUGGGAAUUUUCUACCAAUGUAUCGGCAAAUGAUUUCAACUAAAAGAAAAAAAAUAAAGAACAAAACAAUUGUUUACGGUAAUAUAUACUGUUGCAAGACAUCAGGAAUUGUCGUAGGCUCGUUCUAGAAUCAUCGUAGCUCUACAACACGCGCAAUGCCAUGAUUUGUACUUUCAAUUUAAUACCGGAGGUGAACAUUUUAGUUAACUCAUACAACGUUUCAGAAUAAGUAAAUUAUGAUGUCAGCCGUCUAAUUUCCGGCAAGUGAAUUGGGAAUUUUAAGUUUUGAAAUUGGGAAAAAUCAACUUUUUUUAGCAUUGGGAAUGGUACCGUUUAUCGGUACCAGUUAUAUAAGGAAAAAAACCGCUGGUUUCAGAUUUGGUUUAAAAAAUGAAAUAACAGAAGAAAAAGUAUCGGCACUUAAGUCUGAUAUUUUCAACUUUUCAGGGUCAUAGGUAUACUUUGCUUAAAAUAUUGUAUAUGGUUGUAUAUAUGGCAACCAAUUAACAAAAAUAUUUUAGGUAUGACAUCUAUUAAAAAGUUCAUUCCAAUAGAAAUUUACUCCUUUGUAUCAAAUAAUUAGAACUUAGUGUGCAAAAAUGUUCACUUUAUGCAGAGUCCGUAGCCCUGUUUUAGCAAGAAAAGUUUUGAAAACAUCAAUUAAUAAAAUAGAAUAUAUUUUCUUUUUUAUUCUUCGGGACUUGAAAAAGUAAUAUUACAAAGAUUUUGUAGAAAUCUGAUGAACAGUAAAAGAUCAGGAGCAUAGUAACAAUUGUGUACAGAGUAGAGUCCGUAGCCCUAUACAAUUAAAUUAAAUGAAUUAUAAUAUCCAGAAACAUUGUUCUUGUCCCAAUCUUUCUAGAAUUAUGUAAUAUUACGCCAAAUGUUCACUGAUGGUAUGAAAUUAAGAAUAUAAAACACAAAAUAUAAUGAGUUUUAUGUUAUCAUAAUUUCAAUGACCAUAACAAGGAUUUUUUUUUCAUAAUAAUUUUGCAAGGAAAGUUAAUGGUAAGUGAUAUUUUAAAUGAAAUAAGUUUUGUUUUAUAAGAACAAAAAAAAUUCAUUAAUAGGUUUAAAAAUUGGGCAUACCUAAUUGAAGACCUACAGCCACAGGUUGAAACUAUGAUUUUCUGAUUAAGCAUGUCUCUAAUAUCUAGUAAACACAAACAAUUUUGAUAAAAAUGAGUUUUAAGCACAGUAUGCCACUAUGGGGAACUAUUUUUUUCUCUUAGAUGACCAAGUGCAAGAAUGAUAACUCGCAUAAAUAUAUAUGAAUUUACAAAUCAGCUGUUCAAUUGUUAAUCAUUUCUUUUACUUUUUAAUAUACAAUUUUGAAACAUUUUUCUGAUCUUUAACAAAAAAAAUAUAAAAGAAAUUAUUAGUAAUUUUGAGCAGCUGAUUUGUAGGUAUGACAUUUAUGCAAGUUAAUUGUUCUUGCGCUAUGUCGUUUAAGAGAAAAUAAGAUGGUUCCCCAUAUCACACUUUAAAACUUAUUUUUAUCAAACUUUUUUGUGUUCAUUAGAUAGAUAAUACAUGCUUCAUCAGAAAAUCAUAUUAGUUUUGAUGUGUAAAGCCCAUAUCUUUGUAAGUCUUCCGUAGGUCUUCAAUUACCUAUAGGUCUUCAUUUUAGGCCAGCCAUUAAAAAUUUGUCCACUUUUAAGAAAAUAAGUGUUAAGCUUGAUAACUCACUGUGACACAAAAUAGUCCACCCUAUGGCUGAAACGAUACGCCCCCCUUCACGAUACAAUACAUACUGCAAUAUUUACGCCACAAUUCAAUACUUUCAAUACGAUACAAUUUACAGAAGAAACCAAUAUAACAUUGAAGAAAAAUCUAAUUAACAAGAUUCACAUUCAUAAUUUUAAAAGCAAAAUGUUUCCAAAUUGCCAAACGUUUAUAAGAUGCAUGUUGACUCUGUAGUAUAAACUGAAAAAUUUCAUUAUAAUUCUUUUCGUAAGACUCAAGGCAGUCUGAACGUUAUUUGACCCUAUAUUGCAGGUAAAAAUAAUCAUUACAGACCGAACCUGAUGUAUUUUACUGAACCAGUUUGUAAUAAACAUAUUGAACCGAAAAUCGAGGCAAUGAAUCAAACAUUGAAUCAAAGGUUUAUAUUGAACAAUAUCGAUAUUUCUGUGAAUCGUUUCAGCCCUAGUCCACCCCGAUUCGUAUGUAGGAUUUUGACUAGUUUCGUGAAUUCUGGUAACAUAUCUAAAUGGAUAACUGAUUAGUUUUGGACCAUUAUAUUUGCCAAAAGUCUAUCUGGUAGCACAUUCUCUUGGUUAGUUUUUCCCCAAACUGGUGACAUGUAAUAUACUUGUGUAUCAUGUCUUGUCAUCACUGUGAAACUGCCUACUGAUUAGUAAAAUAACAUGACCACCAUGACUUAGCGAUAUUUGAUAUUCUACCUAUCACAACCUUGACCUAAAUAGAGAAAAGGGAGGUAACAAUUUAAAUUACGAAAUUGUACGAGUUGUCUCCCGCGGAAAAAUAAAUAGCCCUUCCUUAUUCAAUUUCCUAUAGAUAUAUACGAUACACAGUGAUAAAACACUUUUAAAAUACCUUCAUACACUUUUUCCAAACAAAAUGUCGUAAAUAUAUAUAGUAUGAACACGUGAAGAACAUAGUUCAUGUACAGUUGAGCAAAAACAUCUGUAUCUGCCUCUAAUUUCAGCUAUUGAGAAAAUGCGGAUCUCAUUCUAUGAAAGGAACAACGUGGAAAUAAUGUCUGGUACCACAUAAAUACAUACGUUCCUGUUCAAACAUUAUCAUGAAGGUUAGACCGUUUGGUCUUUUGUUUUUCCCUCUCAACUUACCUUCAACUCCGAUAAAUCCGCCAUUGCUGAAAAUUUAUAUUACGCAUGCGUGAGAGGGAAAAUGGCGACCAGAUCGGUUCUCAGAUUUUCCGGAUCAAUAAAUCACCUUUUGGGAUCCCUACUGAGUCGACGCAGCCCAGCUCUUACAUGUUCCGUCAAUUUGAAGACACUAGCAUCUGAAAAAGAAAAUGAAAAACAAACAAGUUUGGUACCAUACAGAAGACAGAGUACAGAUGCUAACACACAAGUAGUACAACCAGGCCCCCGGGAUCCUUAUUCUCCUCACCAGGCCCCAGAGAGCAACAUGGAUUUUGUCAUGGCUAGAGCUGAUGAUCUGUUGAACUAUGGAAGAAGGACUUCUCUGUGGCCCAUGACAUUUGGUUUAGCAUGCUGUGCUGUGGAAAUGAUGCAUUUUGCUGCCCCACGUUAUGACAUGGAUCGAUUUGGAAUUGUAUUUCGAGCAAGUCCACGUCAUGCUGACGUCAUGAUUGUCGCAGGCACUUUGACAAAUAAGAUGGCACCUGCACUAAGAAGGGUAUAUGAUCAGAUGCCAGAUCCCCGCUGGGUGAUCUCUAUGGGAAGCUGUGCCAAUGGAGGAGGAUAUUAUCAUUACUCAUACUCAGUUGUCAGGGGCUGUGACAGAAUUGUUCCGGUAGACAUAUAUGUACCUGGUUGUCCACCGACAGCAGAAGCCCUUUUGUAUGCUUUUCUCCAGUUACAGAAAAAAAUCAAGAGGAUGAAAGUUACUCAGACAUGGUAUCGCCGUAAUUACUUCAACCCAAAGAAAAGAGGCACUUUAGGGGAACCCCAGGAUGUUCCCUUUCAGAAGCUAUUCAAUCUAGUAAAAUUUAAGAGACAGGAAAAACAAUGAUCUAAUUUUCACAAAAAAAUACCUAUUUUAUGUACCUUAUAUGUUGGUUCUGCAGAUGGACAUGUGCAGAAAAUCAGUGACAUAUAGAUGUGUGUGGCAAAUGUUUACUUUGUUGUUGCACUACAAGAUGUGCGAUUAAAACUGUUAUUGCUUGAA